CAAAGCCGUUACUAUGGGGAGCCUAGCCUACACACUCGCACACUGCAACUUUCUCUUUUUAUAUCUGAAUCCCAUCGUCUCUCACCUCUCUUCCAUCUCCCAAUCCACCCGCCACAAUGACUGAGAGAUCCAUAGAUUUGCCCCAAGAAUGUUGGGAAUUGGUUUUCAAUUUCCUCCACCACCACCGUCACUUCGAAUUCCUCUCAUUAGUCUCCACCCGCUUCCUUUCUAUCACCGAUCACCUCCGCGGUACUCUAACAAUCUCCUCCCAGGCUGUUCCUUUGCUUCCCCGUCUUUUCGAAAGAUUUCCCAAUGUGAAAGUAAUUGACAUCCGGGAAUUCGAUGGUGACCUCAAUUCCCUUCUCAAUCAAAUCUCCAGAUCUGGUUUGGAUCUUGAAACCCUAGGUUUCUCAAACCAAAAUCACUUUCCUUUAAAGGGUUUAAGGGAUUUGAGUUCGAGUAUGAGGAAUCUGAGGAAAUUGAAUUGCUCAAAGAUAGGUUCUCUUGAAGACAUUCAUCUGUUUGCAAUUGGGAUGUCUUUUCCAUUUCUUGAAGAUCUUGAUAUUAGUUUCCCGCAGUAUAAUUCUCGCUUUAAUCCUAUUGGGUCUUUGGAUUUGCAAAAUUUCUCGGGGGUUGUUACGGAUGAAGGGAUUGUUGAUUUGGCACGAAAGGUCAAUAAGCUGCGAAGAAUCGACCUUUCCGGUAACCAUUUUAUUACUGAUAAAUCCCUUCAGGCUUUAUCGUUGAAUUGUGUGUUACUAUCAGAAGUUGUGGUUCGUGACUGUGAUUUUAUCACGCAGAAUGGUAUUAGUUUCGUUAUGCGCAAUAGUACUAACUUGAAUUCUAUUUCAUUAGAUGGUAUUGGAAUCCCUUCUAUAGAUUCAUCUUUUCUAGAAUCUUUUACAUAUGCCAAAACUUUAUGUGAGCUUCAUCUCUCAAAUUCUUUUAUCUCCGAUGAUUUGCUCUGUUUGGUUGCUGAAGCGUGUCUUCCAUUAAAGAAGCUGAUUAUCGCUCAAUGCUAUAAUUUCUCCUUUGUUGGAGUUUCUUGUUUAUUGUAUAGGUAUCAAUUUCUUGAACACUUAGAUCUUGAAGGGGCAAAUUUUCUCAAUGAUGCAUCCAUGGUUGAGAUGUCCAACUUCCUUCUCAACUUGUCCUUUAUAAAUCUUAGCUCAUGUUCUAAGCUCACGAGUUUGACCAUCUUUGCUCUUAUAAGAAACUGUCCAUUGAUGGAAGAUGUGAGAAUGGAGAGAACAAACUUGGGCGUGGAAGCGUUUAUGGGGGAUUUGGUGAUCAACCGCCGAGUCAAGUCUCUAAAAUUGGGUGGGAAUAACAAUUUGAGUGAUGAAUGUCUCAAAAAGGCUGCAUUUUGUUGUCCGAGUUUACAAGUACUUGACAUUAGCUACUGUCCUACUAUUACAGAAGAAGGGAUAAAGGAAGUUCUAAGACACAGUGGUGAAAUUAGGCAUUUGGAGAUGAACCGAUGCAUGGGGAUAAAGAAUCUUGAUUUAAACUUUGAACUCCCUAAAUUGGAGGUUUUGCAAGUGCAAGGACCAGGAAUGGAUGACGAAGCAUUGGUCGUCAUUGCAAAAAGAUGCCAGAAGCUGUUGCAUUUGGAUUUAGAGGGUUGCUUGAAUGUAACAGCAAAAGGGGUGAAAGAAGUGGUGCAGAACUGUACAAGACUGAGAGAGAUAAAUUUGAGGUGGUGUUAUAAUAUCAAUGUUGAUAUUGUAGCACGCAUGGUGUUUGCAAGGCCGUCAUUGAGGAGAAUUGUCCCACCAUGUGGGUUUACUUCUACUGAUAAUCAAAAGAUGUUCUUCUUGCGUCAUGGAUGUUUAAUCUGUAAAGGCUAGUUUGCAGGGACACUUUGGAUGGCAUUCUCUGAUUAGAGUUUUAUGUCAUUCAACUUUUUUCACUUUCAUAUGAAAUUGUUUGGAAGGAUGAUGAUAGGAUGCACGUGUUAACGCUUAAAGUAGCAUUUCCAUCAUCUUCCUCUGUCUUUUACCUUUACUCUGCAUCUUACACUUUCUUCAAACUUAGUUUUUGAUACAAUAAAAAUGUAUAAAGCUCGCUAAAGUUUGGAUAUUUCAAGUUCCUAAAAACAAUGCUAUUGCUUUCUUUUCUCAA